AUGAGCAGCUUUUUUGGGCCACAGAGAAUGUCGGUUUUGGAGGCCCACAAGCUGCUGGGCUUGCUGCCGAAACCCCGAGGCACGCCGAAGCAAGACAUUCAACAAGCCUACUUGGUCGCUGCCAAGAAGUAUCAUCCCGACUCUCGCAACAAUAUCGACGCGACUCCUUGUGCGGCUAGUUUUCGACAGUGCCAUGAAGCCCGUCAGGUUCUAUUACGAUACUAUGCUGUUCCAGGAAGUGCACCACCACCGGGGUACCAAGGAAUGAAGACCACCGCGACAAAGACAGUCUGGAGGAACAAGAGCUAUCAUCCACUGUCUUUUUUGCAGAACUCUCGCACUCGACAAUUUACCAUGGGCAUCAAGGCUCUGGUUCUGUUUCUGGCCGCAUGCGAUGGAAUCUAUGAACGACGACAGAGAAAAGUCAUGCAGAAUUAG